GCUCCUAAAAAUGAGUUCAAUGGAAUCCAUCAAUUUCUUGGUCAUUUUCAUGGUUGUGUUGCCUUGCUUGGUCGGUUUAAGUCACUCUGAAUGUGAUUUCAAGGCAAUCUUCAACUUUGGGGAUUCAAAUUCAGAUACUGGUGGCUUUUAUGCAGCUUUUCCUGCAGAACAUGGUCCCUUUGGAAUGACUUACUUCAAGAAACCAGCUGGCCGGGCUUCAGAUGGGAGACUCAUUAUUGAUUUUCUUGCUCAAGCUCUUGGAUUCCCAUUUUUGAGUCCAUAUCUGCAAUCAAUCGGAUCUGAUUACAGACAUGGUGCCAACUAUGCUACAUUGGCAUCCACUGUGCUUCUGCCUAAUACUUCUUUGUUUGUCACUGGGAUCAGCCCUUUCUCCCUUGCUAUUCAGCUCAACCAAAUGAAGCAAUUUAAAGCCAAAGUUGAUGAAGUUGAUCAACUAGAAACCAGACUUCCUUCACCGGAUGUAUUUGCAAAAUCUCUUUACACAUUCUACAUUGGCCAAAAUGAUUUUACUUCCAACUUAGCCGCCAUUGGCAUAGGUGGAGUGCAGGAGUACCUCCCUCAAGUUGUUUCACAAAUUGCUGCUACCAUUAAGGAGCUAUAUAACCUUGGUGGACGUACAUUUAUUGUGCUUAACCUUGCACCGGUGGGAUGCUACCCGGCAUUCUUGGUAGAGCUUCCUCAUGAUAGUUCAGACCUUGAUAAAUUUGGAUGCAUGAUUUCUUACAACAAUGCUGUAGUGGACUAUAACAACAUGUUGAAAGAGACAUUGAGACAAACCAGACAAAAUCUUUCUGGUGCUUCUGUCAUUUAUGUGGAUACAUAUUCUGUUCUGUUAGAGCUCUUCCAGCAUCCUAUAUCUCAUGGACUUCAGUAUGGUACAAAAGCAUGUUGUGGACAUGGAGGGGGUGACUACAACUUCGAUCCUAAAGUUUACUGCGGCAAUACCAAAGAGAUAAAUGGUAGCACAGUGACAGCAACAGCAUGUGAUGACCCCUACAACUAUGUGAGUUGGGAUGGGAUCCAUGCCACAGAAACAGCAAACAAGCUUAUUACCUUUGCUAUUCUUAAUGGAUCCUAUUCUGAUCCCCCUUUCCCAUUUCAGGAAUACUGUGAUCUUCAACCUAUAGGUUGAUCCAUUUCCUUCAGGGUUAUUUCUUAAUUAACAAAUGAAGGAGGUCAAACUAACUCAGGAUAUUACAUUAAUAAUUUUGACCACAAAAAAGAAAUCAAAAUUUCU